AUGUCAUUUUUCCAGCGUUUGAUCCAACGAUUUACCGGAAGACAGGAAGUUGCGCCACCAGACAGUUACGAGAAUGAUCCAAAACUUGUGGAGGUCAAUGUCAAAGGGGAGGAUGAUUUGGGCCCGGAAAGUGAUAUCUUUCUAGCGGAACAUCCAGUUUUGAAGGACGAUGCAGAUUUGAAUCAUGGAUUACAACCAGAAGACGGCGCAAACCCACAGGUUGAUGCAACGGAGGACAGCCCAGUCUCUAACGACCUACGUUCAAUCUCGAAGGACUGCAUUGGCCCCCCUCGUGCAAAUGUCUCGUCAAUAGAUGAUAAACGGACGCCGCGCAAGUCAGAGACGGAGCGACUUUGCGACUCGGUAUCUGGUUCCAAAGAUGACACCGACAAAAGGAAUAAUGGUACUAUCGCUGCGAGACCUAUGGGUAGAUCAUUCUCCCCUACAUUUGUUGAGCAGAGGGACUCUCCUGAACUAUUACCAGAUUAUGCUACACCCGAACCUCCUUCAACGUCCUUCUCAACAGAUGUACUGAAUGCAUCUCCUACAAUUGCCAGGAACGAGGCCCCUACAAGCGAAACCCUACAAAAACCCACCCUACCUUCGAUCAAUGAAUUGAUUUUCCAUCAAUCCCAGAUAGCCGAUCAGCCCCGUCUGCCAUGGAAAUGGACCCCUCUUGGUACAAAGACCAGAGAACACUACGAACCGACUGCAGUGGGCAAGUGGUGGUACAUAUGGGCUCAAGAAAAUAGGGAAAAUCUCCCUUUGAUCAGCAACAUUGGAAGGAUAAUGGAAACAGAGCUGGGACAACAGCGAUUUGGCGCGGAACGAUGCACACGAUGUCAGAUCGAAGGAUUGGAGUGUUGGAACUACAGUGUGAACGGUACCUAUCAAGUGUGUAAUCCAGGCAGUGCGUGUGCUCGUUGUCGAGUGGAACCUAUACAUUACGGAUGCAGUUUAUCAAAACGGCGGUCGAGGAAAAGGAAAACGAGUCCCCCACCUCCUCCUGCGCCGCGGUUAUUGCUACCAAAAGUAGGAUAUGGAGUGUAUCAAUAUCCUCCAGUGGAUACGGCGCCAGGGGCGGCGGCUGUUUAA